CAUAUAACCAAUCAGAGAGCCGGAAUCUACUUCAGUGCAUUAUGGCGAUUAUGGCCUACUACUACUUAAUAAGUUAAGCAGUUUAUUGCAAUAAGUUUAAUUUCUUGAUAUAUUUCUGCCUGUAUGACAACAAGUUUAAUCGUCAAUAAUUUAUAAAAGAUGGAUACCCCGCCCGCGCUAGAAACUGUUUACCAGGCAAUAUAUUCUUCCCACAAUCAGCCAAAUAGUACAGAGCAACAGAAAACUUCGUUAUCAUGGCUCGACGAACUACAAAAAUCUGUGUAUGCUUGGAAAAUAGCAGAUCAAAUGUUGCAACAAAAACGAGACUUAAUCUCUUGUUACUUUGCAGCGCAAACAAUGCGUUCAAAAAUUCAAUUAUCAUUUCAUGAAUUGCCUGUAGAUGCUCAUUCUUCUUUAAGGGAUUCUUUAAUGGAGCAUUUAUCACAAAUUAACGAAAAUACUAAUACAGCUAUAGUUACUCAAUUAUGUUUAGCUUUGGCAGAUUUGGCUCUCCAAAUGCCAAGUUGGCAAUCACCGGUUAUAGAUUUAAUAAAUAGGUACGGUGGAAACGCUACAAGUUGGUGGCCUUUAUUAGAAAUAAUGACUGUCCUUCCAGAAGAAGUUAAUUCCAGGAGUCUUAGACUAGGCUCUAACCGACGACAACAAGUCCUUUCAGAACUCACUGCGAUUGGUGAAGCUGUAUCGGAAUUUUUGAAAGUUUGUCUUAACAGUGGUAGUGAAAAUAUUCAAAUCCACAUACGAGUUUUAAGAUGUUUUACAAGUUGGAUUACAGUCCAUGCGAUAUCUUUAGAAUCUGUACCUGUGAGUGAGGUGGUAGCUUAUGCAUUUCAAAUGUUAGGCAAUUAUGAGACAGGAUCGCAAUUGCAUGAAGCAGCCACUGAUUGUAUUUGUGUUAUAUUGCUAGCAUUAGAGGAAAAUAGUAAUACCAGAAGUGGACAAAAUAAUAGUAUUCAGUUACAACAAUUACAAUUGUGCCUCUUUACAAGUGUCAUGGGAUUAGAGCAACCCUUCCACUUGUCUGUGGCUCAUGAAUAUUUGGAAAAAUCUAUUAAUUAUUGUCGAAUCUUUACUGAACUGGCCGAAACUUUUUUAGAAACGAUUGUUACUGGUUGUAGUGGUGAAAGACAGCACUAUGCCAUUAAAAUAUUAGAUUUUGUACUGACAUGUGUUGGUCAUCAUGAUUAUGAGGUGGCCCAAAUAACUUUUAAUCUUUGGUAUCGAUUAUCAGAAGUCCUGUACCAGAGAAAUAACGAUGAUUUGAAUGCAGUUUUUAGGCCUUAUAUUGAGAGACUUAUCAGAGCUCUUUGCAAGCAUUGUCAAAUGGAGCCUGAUCACCUUGGUCUUGUGGAAGAUAUUAGCGGCGGAGAAGAGUUUGCUGAUUUUCGAAUACGUGUAUCUGAAUUAAUAAAAGAUGUUGUGUUCGUUGUUGGAAGUAGCCAUUGUUUUCGUCAAAUGUUUUUCACUUUAACUGGAGGAGCCGGAGACCAAAAUCAACCGACUCCAACUUGGGAUUCAACGGAAGCUGCUCUCUUUGUCAUGCAAGCAGUUGCUAAAAACAUUUUACCUUCGCAUUUUAGAGAGGAGAAUGAAGUGGUUCCAAAGGUGGUAGAGGCUAUUCUGCACUUGCCGGAGAAUACGCAUAUUGCAGUGCGACAUACAAGUAUACUUUUACUUGGAGAGCUUUGUGAAUGGAUUGAUAGUCAUCCUCAGUCGCUAGAACCAAUAUUGAAUUUUCUCUUGGCCAGUUUAAGUCAAAGGGGACUAGGCGGUGCUGCCUCAGGUGCAUUGCAAAGUAUAUGUUCAGCCUGUCCAGCUCACAUGGCUUCACAUUUCCCUGGACUUUUACAAAUUGCUCGUUCACUAGAUGGUUUCGCCAUUAGCAACGAAGCUUCUAUAGGUCUUUUGAAAGGAGUGGCAAAAAUACUUUCAAGAUUACCCCAAGAAGAAAUAGACCGUUCUAUGAAGGAAUUAUGCUGGUUUCAAGCAAGGCCAUUGUGCGAACUUAUGGAGAAUAGAGCAAUUCCUGUGGACAGAGGUACAAAGACUGAUCCAGUCACUUGGCUUGACCGAUUAGCGGCUAUAUUUAAAAACACGAGUCCUCAAGUUGAUGAUACUAAUGAAUCACAUCCUUGUCAAGGAGCCAUCACUGAAAUGUGGCCAGUAUUAUCAAAUGUUUGCUCGACUUAUCAGCAUGAUUUCAGAAUUAUGGAAAGGUGUUGUCGCUGCUUACGGUAUGCUGUACGUUGUGUAGGAAAAUAUUCGGCCCAUCUUCUGGAACCGUUAGUGAAACAGAUUGUCCAAUUAUAUGCAGUAUAUCAACACAGUUGCUUUCUUUAUUUGGGAUCUAUACUCGUAGACGAGUACGCAUCUGAAAUUGAUGCUGUGUCGGGACUUUUGAGUAUGUUGGAAGCUUUUAUUGAGCCAACGUUCACAAUUCUUCAAGAACCAGAUGGGCUUAAAAAUCACCCUGACACUGUUGAUGACCUCUUUCGUUUAUGUGCAAGAUUUUUACGAAAAGCACCGGUACCAUUUUUAAACUCGGCAACAAUUGGUAGUAUUGUUGAUUGCGCUUUAGUUGCUUGUAGUCUCGAUCACCGAGAUGCAAAUGCUUCAGUUAUGAAAUUUUUCUAUGAUCUUCUUCAUAGUGGUCGUAAUAUUGAGAAUCGUUCAGAUUUUACGAUAAGACGCCAAUUGGUUCAAGAAAUUGUGCGAGAGAAGGGUCAAACAUUAGUAGCAAGACUUCUGCAUGCAGCUGUAUUUUCACUCUCGACAUACAUGUUAUCGGAUUUAGCAGAUGUUUUCGUUGAACUUGCACUGACAAGCAGAGAGACGGUAUCAACUUGGUUAGAAGAAGCAAUAAAAUCAAUGCCCGCUCAAAAUGCUGGAGGUUCACCAACAGCGACACCAGAGCAACUCAUGGAAUUCGUUAAUACUGUAACAAGGGUAGAAAAUCCAAAGACAGUAACUCAUUCUUUAAGGAAUUUUGCACGGCUAUAUCGUUGAAAACAAGAAAAAUUAACUGGAAAAGUUAAAUUGCAAUCACAAAAAUGUUGAACGUCACAAACAUUAAAGUUAAUACAUUUCUGGUUCUUUAAACGAAAUAUUUUCGUGCCAGAAGUGCAAUAAUUGCAAAAGGACUAAUACCAUAUUGUUUACCAUUUACUCUAUUUAAUUCAAAUGAUUUAUACUGAAAUUUCUAUGGGUAACUAACUAUAUAUGAAAUUUAUAGUGUAGCUCUGCUGGAUUUCAAUUUUACCUAUUUUCUCUUUAGGUAAUGAAACAAAGAGUAAACAAUAUGAGGUAUGUAAGACACUUUAAUAUUUUAUUCAGACAAUCACUUCCAAACUAUUUUUUUAUUUCUCACAGAUUCUGCUGCUAAGCAAAUAUCACCUAUGAAAUAUAUUUAUUAUUUUCUUUUCAAGAAAAACAAAAGCUGUCACUGAUUUUAAAUUAUCGAAACUAAUUGAUAGAACAACAUUUGCUUAAAGUAGAAUCUUUCGACAUGGGACUGAAUAAAAGCGAACCAUUAAAUUUAGUAUUGCCUACUUAAAAUUAAAAUUGUCUUAAUUACACAAUUUAACUGAUUUUAUUACUUUCUGCUUACUAGUUGCAAAUUUUACUUAAAUUCAAUAUUAACAACUAACUAUUAUAGUUGUUAACACUGAGUAUUUUACAUACGAUUUUAAUUCACAUAAUAUAGGUUCAUUUUAUUACAGAUAUCUCAGAUUUCUUUGUCAUUUAUUAAUUUCAAGAAGCUCCAUUGUAUUAUAUGAAUGUCAAAUUGGUAGAGCUCAGAAAACCUGCAUGUACAGAAAACAUUAAUGAGAAUGAAUGAACUGUAUUGUAAGUAUCGAAUGUAUGAAUGAAUUUGUCUGUGACUGUAUUAUAUAAUGUAAAAAAAAUCAUUAAGAUAUAGGUAUCGUGCGAUAAGGCGUCUUUUUUAUCGCUUUUUGCAAUUAUUAAUAUAAAAUUCAAUAACAAUUGA